AUGGCGAAACCCGAAAGUCAUUAUUGGUAAAUCAUUUUGACUUCUUCAGGACCAUAUAUAAACCGGCUCCCAGUGCUAUAACAAUAAGAGUCAAAACGAAACUGAUAUAUCACGCUGCAAAGGUAAAAUUUACAGACGAACAACAGAAACCAGGUAGGGAAAAUGUUUGAGUCUCUUUCACAACACAAGAUAUACAUCCAUUUUGAGAUUCCUUUAAUGAAGAAUCUUUCUUAGUUUAAAUACAUGAUUGAGAGCAAAGUUGUAGACUCGAGUCAUGCGACUAAUUCGACUCGAGACUGUCGAGAGCAAUUUCUGUGACUUGACUUGACUUGUUAUUUUGAUCAACAACUUUUGACUUGACUUGGACUCGGAACAAAAUGACUUUUGACUUGACUUGCACUUGCACUUGCAAGAAAUGACUUUUGUUACCAACGUAACUUAACGUACAGUCGUAAAUAUCUAGUGAGAAUGAACUGUUCUACAACUUGCACCGAAAAUCGAUCCAUGCACAACGAGUAAUGCAGCCAUACGCCAAUAUCGAUGUAUCAUGCUGUGAGUCUGUUAUGUAUAGUAUACUAAUAUAUAAUUGUCAUGGGUGACUCCCCAGUUCAUGGAAAAAGAACUGUACAGAAUGCCUUGCGACUUGGAUUGGUCACAGGUAAAACGAUUUGUGACUUGACUUGGUACGCGGGGUGAAUGACUUGUUAGGGACUGUUCAUAUGAUUACCGAGACGUCUCGCCUAGCGGGACGAAUAUUUCCGUGCGUUCAUAUGCAGUGUUUCGGCAUCGCGCUUGCCGGGAUUACGAUGUUGUCGUAUAAUUAGCGCCUGCAAAACUUAUACAUUUCAGUCGUACAACACAAACAUCAUAGCGAUUUUAGUGUUUUUCUUCAUUUAUGUACAUGAAAAAGCAUUGCUUUGGCUGCAUAUUUAAUACUUGUUUAUAAAACAAACAUAAAACUAAUUUAAAGUGUUAAAUUAAACGGCAAAACUCGAAACUCGGUUGGCUGGGGUGUUCAUAUGGGACAUUUUUCAACCCGCCCACCUAUGAUCUAGCCAAAUUCAAACGAGAUCUCUGCAAGCGGGCCAGCUCGCAUUCUCAUAUAUGAAAACAAUGCAAAAUUUAUAGACCGGGGCUUAACAUUUUCCAGAUAUUCGUUAGAGUAUAAGCAAGCUAUGUAUACAUGCACCCCCUGUUGCGAAAGGUUUCCAAUCGCUACGGUUUCUGUUAGUCAUAAACGCCUGCCAGCAGAAUAUUGUACACUUUGACGGACGGUCCGUCUCAACUACAAAUGACGGACAUUUAAUGUUAACAGAAUUGGCUUAAAGAUUUAAUUUUUUCACAGGACAUUUGUUUAAUCUUCGUCAAGUUCUGAAGGAUGAAAGUUUUGUUGCGUUUAGUGGUUUGUAUCGUUCUGCUCGUUGCGUUCACGACAGCAAGUAUUGUGCAAGGUUCGUAUAUCCUCCUUCAUAUAAACUCGAAUACUGAGCUAUUUUAAUUUAGGUUGUCACAAGUAGUAUAGACAAAUGUGAAAUCUAAGCGCCAAAAGUAUAAUGGGAAUUGGAUAUUUUAUAGCAGGCAUUAAAAUAUGGAAUUUUUACAAGGACACACUUUGCCUUCAGAGGCGUAUUUUUGGUAUAAAUGUGCAGACUCACGAGAACGAGUGCCGAAGCCACAAGUUUAGCGUCGAAGACGCGAGCUUUUAAGGGGGUCUCUGAAGUGGCAUUUCCAGAGUUCUGAGAAAAUUUGCAAAAUCUUUGGCCAUUUUGCGUGGAUUACAUUAAUAUAUUUUCAGUUUAAUAUAUUUUCAAGUACACACUUUUCAAUUUACAAGGGCACAUUCGCCUUUUACAAGGACACAAAGUGUGUACAAGGACACGCUAUUUUAAUGCCUGUUUUAUAGGGUGAAAUGUAUUAUAAAUCAUUAUAACCCCUGGAAAUUGCCAAAACGAAAAAGAGCGUUGAAUUCGAAGGUCGUCAUACUAAAAAAACAACAUUUGCGAGAUAAUGAUCGCGCUGCAUGCAAAACAAAAUAUUUAUGAAUUGGUUUUUAAACAUCAGUUUUGCUUCCCGGAAAGGAAAAUGUUGUUUCAGUGAACAUGUGAUUAAAAUAUUAAGAUUUACAGAUGUUUCCUAUUUUGUCCAUGCAGAUCUUUAGUUCAAUACUAUUUAUAUAUAUGCGAAGGCUAAAGAUAAUCAAAUAUUCCACCCCAUUACAUGACGAAGAUGCGUAAAAUCUAUCCCCAUUAAAUACCGCUGAACAUAUAUUUGCCAACAUCAGAUGAUAAACUGAAAAUCAAGGCGACUUGAGCACAUAAAGCUCUGGCUCUGUCACUCCUGCACUCUGCAAGCCAACCUCUUUAAUUAUAGCUCCGCUUCUAAUAUAAACGUUUCUCCUGCAUGGAUGACCAGAAAUUAGAGCUACUGAUUCACUACAGGAGGAAAUCAUGAUCAAAACCUGAACUGACUCUAUCUUCGUCAUACUGGAUAAGCUCAAUCAGUUCUGAACUGGUCUUCCUAGAGGUCCAGUAAACACCCUCUGGUAUUGAUUCAAUUUUGCCACAGAAGGAAAGCGGAAUGUACUCGGCUUCGAAGCCAGUUAGACAAGCAGGGGCGAAAGACACGUCACUGGCACUGUAGCACUUCCCCUCAUCGGGUCAAUCCUGCCACUAUAAGUCGAGACUUGGGGAUUUAUUUAUAAGUUAGAGAACUGCGAUCUGUGCUGUUUUUAGUCUUGUGCUUCGAGGAUUUUUCUUCACAAAAAAAAAGAUCUUAGGUCUUAGCCAUUGUCAAGCACGGUUAUCAUGAGCCUCUAGUUCAGGUGAAUUAGGCAACCACGCCCUGUGUAAUCAAUCUUAAGCAACUCAUUAUCAACAAUGAUUAAAUGACUCAUUAUCUUUAAAGAUUUAGCUGA